CGUCACCUUCUUCGGUAGCAUUUGCCCGGAGAACUGAUCCUCAUCUCUUCAGAUUUUUUUUUCCUUGCUCCCAAUUUUCUACUUUUACAUUUUCUGGGCUAUUCGGGUUUCAUUUUCAAUCAUGGGAGGCGGAGCAGCGAUGAGAGCAGCGGCCAAAGUCGCUGGUUUUGGAGUACUCAACGGCGGUCUCCGUGGAAUUGUGCCUGAUCACCCUGCCUCCACGGCCAUGCGGAAAGUUUUGCGCCCAGUCACCGGUUUGGCCUCCCCUUCUGCGCCUGAAAACGUGAAGGAGGCUGCCGUCGCCAUCGAUGUGUCUCCAGUGCAGAAGCCCUGCUGGGAAUUUGAUGAUUGGGAGUUGGCCGGAGGUGAGGAGGAUUUGUUCGGCGGCUCCGGUGUGUCGACGCCGAGGCUUGUGUUUGGUGGUGCCCCAAGUCUCGCCGAAGCCAAAGAGGCCACUUAUGAACUCAAAGAAGCUCUUGAGAAGGUAUAUCUUUCUGCAUCCACUACACCCAAAACUGGGUUGUCAGGGCUUUCUAGGUCAGAAGUGCCAGAGACCAAAGCUUGCGUAACCAGCGAGACCAUACUUGCGCCUGCGCCAAAGCAUGCAAUUCAAGCUUUUAGGUUUCUGAAUGAAAGCCCUGCAGUUCAGAGUGUUGUUGCUUCAAUUGCAUCAGAUCCGAAUGUCUGGAAUGCUGUACUGCUAAAUCCGACACUUCAGGAUUAUCUCCACUCACAGAAGAUGGGUGCUCCUUCCUCAACUACGGAUCAAUAUGAAAAGGGUUCCACUGCUGAUAGUGAUAUUCUUUCGCCAAGAUCUCCUAGGAGCGUAUCAUCCGAUCGAGCAGAGUCCGAGUACGGAGAAUCCAACUCCACAGGAAGGUUUAUGGAGCUCUGGCUGGAGCUUAAGCUUACAGUCGUUGAUAUGAUGAACAGUUUGUCUGAUUACUUUCAGGCACUGUUUGGGGGUUAUUCUAACAAUAAAGGAGCAGCAGAUACUAAUGGAAAUGUGUUCAGUGGCUUGGUGGAUAAGGCUCUUGGGCCUUCAUUAAUGGGCUUGGCUGUCAUGGUUAUAGUGGUAGUGGUGCUAAAGCGAGCUAAAUAAAUAAUUAUGUCUUUCCCAUUUGCUGCUUGUGAAUUUGCCGAAGCCACAUCAUGUCUACAUCAGGAGUUCUUUCCAGAAGGGGUAGAGAAAUCUAAGAUAGCUUUGGAAAUUGCUCAUGUGUACAUAUGAAGCGGGAAGUUCUAGUUUCUAUUAAGGUUCUGCACGUUUUCUUUACCAGAACGUUUGUCCUCCUUUUGACUAAAUUUGAUGAUUAUCUUUGGGUUAGA